CGCAAAUAAAGUAAUUGCGAAUAACAGCCAUCCAGGUCCGGGUUUCUUUCAUUGGUCUUCCCUAGCAACUCCCUUGUAUAACAGCGCUUACACCGUCGUCAUCGCGGAUACACCGAAAGGCCAGAUCACGAGAAGACAUCUAUCAUUGUUACUGCACCAAACAUCAUCGCGCGAUCCUGUCAAAAACCGGAAACCUUCAGAAAUUCAUAGGUCUCAAAAUGAGCGCUACUGUUAAAGUCGGAUCUUCGACGCAAUGGCGCCAGAUCUUAAGCUCGUCAGCCAUCGUGGUCGCGGACUUCUAUGCGGACUGGUGUGGUCCUUGCAAGAUGAUCGCUCCAGUGUUUGAGUCGCUGUCGGCCAAAUACUCCAAACCCAACAAGAUCACCUUCUGCAAGAUUGACGUCGAUAGCCAGCAGGAAGUGGCCCAGCAGUAUGGCGUGCGCGCCAUGCCGACCUUCCUCAUUUUGCACAACGGCUCUGUGAUCGACACUAUCCAGGGAGCUAACCCCCCAUCUCUUACGGCCGCCGUUGAUAAGGCUGUCAAAUUGGCCGGCGGUGCUGCGGGUGGUGGUGCUGUUUUCAAGACCGCCGGACACCGACUCGGGGGCAGUGGAGCAGCCGGGUCCCGCCCCGGGACAUCGGUAGCCCGUCCGUGGAAGUGGGAUCUCAACAGCUUGAUCAAGACAAUCAUCGCUUUUAUUGGACUUUACAUCACUUCGCUGUUUUCGCUUGACCCAUACAAGGCGGCAGAAAACUCCCCAUUCAACAAGAAGAAUCCUCCACCACAAGCACGGUCAUCUACGGGCAGUGCUGCUGGAAAAAAGCCCGCGCCGCGCGCUACGUUCAAGACGUUGUCUGACUUGGGCAAUUAGAGUUGGUGACCAGAGCAGUAAGAUAUCGUUAAGCGUAGCAUGCUGGAGUAAGGGCGUCGAAGGCGUUUCGGACAGGCGGCAGUUGGUCUUUGGUCUCCUCGCCGCAUUUUUUCCUAGUUUCUUUUGCCCUUUUGGAAACUGAUACUUAUUAAUCAAAAGACACAUAGCACCUGUUUAUGCCUUUUCUCGUUGUAGUUGCCACCGUGACAACCCCUCUUCGUGUAAAUAGGGGCCCGGUGAUAGGCCACUGUCACGUGUGAACGUGUGGUCCGUGUAUCCACUAAAACAUAAGCUAGACAGAGGAC